GUAACAGCCUCCCCUCGGCCGCCCUCAUCGAGAUGAACGGAGGCGGCGUCGCGGCCCGGCGGUGUGAAAGCAGCUCGAGUGUUGUUCCAGUCUGGGCUUCACAGCAACAGACUGAUGUUCCUGUAGGACUUCUGCUAUGUAUAAUAUGUUGUCUAUUGAUGGUUUUUCUAGCCAAUUAGGCUGUUGUGUCACUCCAUUAGCGGGCACCUGACCACCGCUCUAACACUCUGAUCCGCCCCUAGGGCUUCACCGGGGGUUCUCAUUACGGCGAUCAGCUGAGUGGCAGUCGAAUAGCGCCCCUCCAAGGAACCCACGCGACACCUGUCAUGACCUCGAACAGAACGGGUAAAGCAGACAGGGCCGUAGGUCAGAGCUACAGAAGAGAGCCCGUUGGGUCCGGCUGUCAGUCAAGCCUGCGAUCCAGUGUUGGAACGCGUCCUACGGGCGUGAAGUCGCCGGCUCCAUUCCCCUCAUUCACAGCCGCCAAUCAGAGACGGCGCUCGCUUCCAGAGCCUAUCGAGCCGCUGCAGACAAAGAAGGUUCGCAAGGUCCCGCCCGGACUGCCUUCAUCUGUGUACGCACCCUCCCCCACCGCGGAGGACUUCAGCCGGGACGCUGCCUCCUACUCGCCCCCCCAGCCCUCCGCCAACAUGUUCGCAAGCUCUUUCUUCGAUGGGACCCACAGCUCCUCGGACCCGUGGAACCCGUCCGGUGGGAUCGGGCAGCCCGGCUACGGAGGCCUGGUGGGUGGACCCUCCUCCCACAUGCAGCAGACCAACGGCAGCUACACCCACCUGCACCCCCAGGAGCGUAUGAACUACCCGGCCCACUGCGCGUCUCCGGACGUCAGCGGCGGGCUCCCCCCCAUGUCCAGCUUCCACCGCGGCCACGCCGGCGGCUCGCCGUUCAUCCCCGCCGGCCACGCCCCGCCCGGCAGCCCGGCGCCCGGGGGGCUGAUGGCUGCCAAUCAGGGCGGAGCCACGGGAGGGUCGCAGACCGGAGACGCCCUCGGCAAAGCUUUAGCCUCGAUCUACUCCCCAGACCACACCAGCAGCAGCUUCCCCUCCAACCCCUCCUCCCCGGGGGGGUCCCCCACGCCCCUCCCAGCGGGGGACGGCUCCGUGGACCCCGUGCUGACUGCUGCCCCCCCCUCCUCUGGCAGAGCAGGUAUUAACCAAUGGCCUCGGGCCGGGGGACAGGCUCCUCCCUCCCCAAACUACGACACCUCCAUCCACUCGCUGAAAAACCGAGUGCAUCAGCAGCUCCACGAGCAUCUGCAGGAUGCCAUGUCCUUCUUAAAGGACGUCUGCGAGUCCCGGAUGGAAGACCGUCUGGACCGACUGGAUGAUGCAAUCCUGGUUCUGAGGAACCACGCGGUGGGCUCCACAGGCAGUCUGCCCGGUGACAUACACAGCCUGCUGGGUCAAGCACACAACGGGCCAAUCGCUGCGCUCGGAGCCACCUUUCCUCCCGCGUCAUUGGUUCCCGCGCGGACGGCGGCGGUGGGGGCUCCCCACCGAGACGAGGCCAUGACCCACGCAGGGCUUGGGGGGGCCGGUUCCACCUCCACCGCCGAACUCAACCACACGUUGGAGACCUUCAGAGGACUGGCUUCGAGCCUGGCCGGACACCUGAAGACGGAGAACCACGACCUCGACGAGAUGCAGGAUAACCAAUCAGAAGACGACGUCCGGUCAGAAGACGACGGCGACAGGAGGGACGUGAAGACGCCCAGAGGGGGAACCCGCACCAGCAGCAUCAACGAGGGCGACGAGGACCUGACCCCGGAGCAGAAGGCUGAGCGCGAACGGGAGCGCCGCAUGGCCAACAACGCCCGGGAGCGCCUGCGCGUGCGGGACAUCAACGAGGCCUUCAAGGAGCUGGGCCGAAUGUGCCAGCUGCACCUGAAGAGCGAGAAGCCGCAGACCAAGCUGCUCAUCCUGCACCAGGCCGUGGCCGUCAUCCUCAGCCUGGAGCAGCAGGUCCGAGAGAGGAACCUGAACCCCAAAGCAGCCUGCCUGAAGAGGAGGGAGGGGGAGAAGAACGGCGGGCUCCACUCCAGCCUCGUCGACGCCUCCAACCCCAUGGGCCACCUCUGAGCCCCGAUCACAUGACCCAGUGGGAUUUCUGUGGGAUAGAGGCGGGAACCGGUCGAGGACAGACGGCUUGUGAAUACCAAUAGGAGGAGACAGACCAUUUAAGGCAACACUACAAGGAUGACACAGUUUGAUCCUCUGACUCCAGAAGAUCCAGGAAUCCCUUUCUUCUGACAACAGCUGGUGUCUACUGACGGAUGUCUGCCUUUGAGCAACAGUUGAGCUCGCAUCAUUCGGUCUGAAUCAAGCACUUUGCUUCGGAACAAUCAGAGACUGACGCGGUCUUCUCCAAAGCUUGUGGGAGAUCGCCUUGUGCCUAAAGCGUAGUUGAUGAACGCAUUGUAACAGCAACUGUUUAUUUUCAUUUUGUUUUUUUCUAUUUAUAAUGUUACUGAACGACAUAAUGUACGUCCAAAGGGAAGGUUGCAUUCCGGUCAUCGAGGCUCUCCAGUUAAUCUACAGUUUGCCAACAUCACGAGUUCAACUGAACACUUUUAAAACCUUGAUCCAGAUUAUUAAAAUUAAUUUAUUGGCUAGUUUAAGAGUGAGAUUAGGCUCAUAUUAACGUCCCCUUUUGUAAAAGAUUAUAUUUAUUUUUAUAUUUUAUUCCUUCCAUAAUUAAUCACAUCUAGAACCCAAAACGACCUAUGCCAGUCUGUCAUUAGUCGAAAAAAAUAAUAAUCUGACUUCUGCAGUCGGAAUCAGACCAACUCAGAUCUCGGUGAACAGGGUGUUUCAUUUUCAUUUGCUUCAAAUUUGUUCGACCAAUCGUGUUGCUGGGUGCGGGGAUCUGUGACGCAUGUUACAUGGAAAUGGUCUUUACUGGAAACAGCCAGACGGGCGAAACCACAACAAGAGUAAUGUGGCAAACCAUUCAUCCCCAGAAGGACUGAUGACUCAAACCAUAUCAGCGUCUUCCCACUGUUGGCCUCCCUCCUUCUCCCUCUGCUACUGAGAGGUAUCUGAAACCCGGGCGGGAGGUCAAGCCAAAGGUCCACCAACAUCCUGAGACUAAGCGUCUGUAAAGGUUUAGUAAAACCUGUGUGAUAGACUGGCCACUGUAGAAACACGUUUGUUCAAAUCUUCUUCUCAACCCUCCUGUGUGCGCUGGCGAAGAACUAAUCCGUAAGAAAACAGGAAUCUCUGCAGAACUCUUCCGGGUUCCCGGUCCAGGCGCAGUGCAGAAUCCCCCCCGAGGUUUGGCUGUAGCAUCGUCAGACUUCUGGGUCCGAGAUGAAGGUCAUUUAGUCUUAAUUCUAAUGACUGAAAUUACUCGCUACUUUAGACUUUUGGCAAAUUGUUUGCACUCUGCAGUGAAAACAUAGGCCCAAAUAAGACAGGACUGUUGUGGUCAUGAAAACUAUUUAAACCAACUAAGGAUAAUCAUUAGUUUUACUGUAAGGCCAACUUUUGUAUUUCUUGUUCACUAAGAAUUUGUGAUGAAAACGAUUUGCUCCUUUCUGUGUCUCAACCAAAGGAAGAUGGGACUCUGUAUCUUUGCUCAUUGGCCAUUUAGUGUUUCAUAUAAACUGCUUUGCUGAUGGUUGUCCGUGAUGACUGGUUGAGCUGAAACGCUGCAGCGACAAACGAAGACCAAGCAAAGUCCUGGCCUGAUCAACGUAUUACAAAGAUUUCUGUUUGAAGCUCAAAAUAUAAGAAUACAGUAUCAACGUAAAACUGGUUCAUUUAUCACGGGUUUCAUCAUAUAAUGUCCAGGUGGUAUAAUAAUAAUUUUAUAUAAUUUUAUUUUAGAAGUUAUAAUGUAGAAAGUGAAAGAAAAUACAUUUAAGCCGGACCGGUAAUUUCACAUCUGCUGUGUAGAAUAUCAAUAUGCACAGCAUAUAGAAUAAUAAAACAGUCGACCUUAACUCUAUCUUAAGAGUACAGACGCCGUCAGCAGCAUGUUGGUUCAGUUCAUUGAUUGAUUAUUAGUGUGGUUGUCAGGGGGGGACAGGGGGGCCCUGCGUGGGGGUCUCCCCUCUCUAGACCCAGAGGAGGAGAGAGGAGGGGGAGCAGGACCCUGCGUGGGGGUCUCCCCUCUCUAGACCCAGAGGAGGAGAGAGGAGGGGGAGCAGGACCCUGCGUGGGGGUCUCCCCUCUCUAGACCCAGAGGAGGAGAGAGGAGGGGGAGCAGGACCCUGGGUGGGGGUCUCCCCUCUCUAGACCCAGAGGAGGAGAGAGGAGGGGGAGCAGGACCCUGGGUGGGGGUCUCCCCUCUCUAGACCCAGAGGAGGAGAGAGGAGGGGGAGCAGGACCCUGCGUGGGGGUCUCCCCUCUCUAGACCCAGAGGAGGGGGAGGAUACUACGACUCAAACUCAGACAUAUCUUUUUUUUAUCAGUGUGCAUGCUUUAUGGUUUUAUUUUGUACAUUAUAAUCCAUGUAUUUCUUUGUAGAUGGUUUAUCAUAUUUUACUUCUUAAACAACACUGCCACAUCCAGAACGACUAAUUGGACUACAGAGUUUUCAGAUUGUAUUUUUUUGUUCUGUAAUGUCUGAGCGUUUGUCUUCAUUUCAGUAUUCAUUAAUUAUCAUAUUAACGUUGGCCUUGAUUGGGGAUAUUGUGUAUGCCACGUAUUGCUUCCAGUCUCUUUGUUGAAACGCUUCCCUCCUUGCUAUCUCUGCUCUUCUGUAAGUUACUAGCUGCAGUAUUUGCAGAUACUUCCCCUUGUAUAUAUGAAACAUGAAAAUUCAAAAGAAAAAAAAAAUGGGCUUAUUUUUCACUGUAGCUAGUCUUUUUAUACAAUAAUACUGUAAGAAUAUUUCUUGAAUUAUAAAUAUAACUCUUUCUAGAUUUUUUUAAAUCAAAAGUUUUGAGUAAAAAGUUUCUUACUUUAUUUUACUAUAUUAGAUAGUAAACAAAACAACCACAUACAUUGGUGAUUUUACCAUCUCCUGUUCAUUGUGUUCAGAUAUUAUAUCUUACAAACCACAGAAUUGCCGUCUAGUAGGUAAGGGCAUUGUGUGUGAGCUAAAAAAUCCUAAAGUCUUCGAUUGAUGAAAGAGGAAAGGAGUUGUUGAUGUACAUCAGAAAGAUACAGCAGCAGAAUAAUUCGUUUUUUUCUGUCCCUUAAAACAGAAAAUACACUAAAUGUAGAUAACAUUUAUGUUGCAAUAAAUGUGCCAUCUUUUUUAAGCUUAA